AUGCAGGAGGUCAGUGGUCUGCAGAGGAAGAGAAUCGCAGACGUCCUCAACGCUCUCAUGAGAGACCUGAGCGAGUUCAGCUCUAUAGUGGGCAACGGGGAACUCAAGCUGACACUCCGUUCCUGUGCUCCCGUCCCUGUGCUCCCUGUGCUCCCAUCCCUGUGCUCCCCUGUCCCUGUGCUCCCCUGUCCCUGUGCUCCCCUGUCCCUGUGCUCCCCUGUCCCUGUGCUCCCCUGUCCCUGUGCUCCCGUCCCUGUGCUCCCCUGUCCCUGUGCUCCCCUGUCCCUGUGCUCCCCUGUCCCUGUGCUCCCCUGUCCCUGUGCUCCCGUCCCUGUGCUCCCCUGUCCCUGUGCUCCCCUGUCCCUGUGCUCCCCUGUCCCUGUGCUCCCCUGUCCCUGUGCUCCCGUCCCUGUCUCCCUGUCCCUGUGCUCCCUGUCCCUGUGCUCCCCUGUCCCUGUGCUCCCCUGUCCCUGUGCUCCCCUGUCCCUGUGCUCCCCUGUCCCUGUGCUCCCCUGUCCCUGUGCUCCCCUGUCCCUGUGCUCCCGUCCCUGUGCUCCCCUGUCCCUGUGCUCCCGUCCCUGUGCUCCCCUGUCCCUGUGCUCCCCUGUCCCUGUGCUCCCCUGUCCCUGUGCUCCCGUCCCUGUGCUCCCCUGUCCCUGUGCUCCCGUCCCUGUGCUCCCCUGUCCCUGUGCUCCCCUGUCCCUGUGCUCCCCUGUCCCUGUGCUCCCCUGUCCCUGUGCUCCCCUGUCCCUUGUGCUCCCGUCCCUGUGCUCCCCUGUCCCUGUGCUCCCCUGUCCCUGUGCUCCCCUGUCCCUGUGCUCCCCUGUCCCUGUGCUCCCGUCCCUGUGCUCCCCUCCCGUGGAGAUCAGCGGGGCCAUAGAGGAGGAGUUCACCGUGGCCCGUCUCUACAUCUCUAAGAUCAAGUCUGAGGUGAAGUCGAUGGUGAAGAGGUGCAGGCAGCUGGAGAACAUGCAACUCGACUGUCACCGCAAGAUGGAGGAGACCGGGAGGGAGCUGUCCUCCUGCCACCUCCUCAUCUCCCAGCAUGAGGCUAAGAUCCGGUCUCUGACUGAGUACAUGCAGAGUGUGGAGCAGAAGAAGCGCCUCCUGGAGGAGAGCCACGACUCCCUGAGCGAGGAGCUCGCCAAGCUACAGGAGCACGAGAACGUUCAGACCGAGGAGAAGGACGGAGAGACAGAGAAGUCCUCCCUCCAGCAGGGGGAGUCUCACCGUGGUCUUCAUCAUAAGCAGCUUUCACGUCUGCGCGACGAGAUCAACGAGAAGCAGCGGCUGAUCGACGAGCUCACUGAUCAGAACUCGUCGCUGCAGCUGGAGCUCGCUCAGGUUCGCUCCGACUUCGAUCGACUGAAGAGUCAGGACUGCAGCAAGAGCGAGAGGCUGGAGGAGCUGUCGUUUCUUCAUGAGCGCCACGAGCAGACCAAGCAGGACCUCAAGGGUCUGGAGGAGACUGUGGCCCGCGAGCUCCAGACCCUCCACAACCUGCGCAAGCUGUUCGUUCAAGACCUCACGUCGCGGGUUAAAAAAAGUUCAGAAUUGGAGCCUGAUGACAGUGGGGGGUCCUGCACACAGAAGCAGAAGAUCUGCUUUCUGGAGAACAACCUGGACCAGCUUACAAAGGUGCACAAACAGCUGGUUCGUGACAAUGCAGACCUUCGCUGUGAGCUUCCGAAGCUGGAGAAGCGUCUCCGUUCUACUGCUGAGCGAGUUAAGGCCCUGGAGACUGCACUGAGAGACGCCAAAGAGGGCGCCAUGUUGGACCGGCGCCGCUACCAACAGGAAGUGGACCGCAUCAAGGACGCCAUGAAGGCCAAGAGCGCACUGCGGCGCCCCCACGUGCCUCAGAUCGGUACUGACCCUAAUCCUCCUUCUCCUUCUCCUGAGCUCCUCCCUCCUUACGCCUGUCCCUGUGCUCCUGUGUUUCAUGCCUGUCCCUGUGUUCCUGUGUUUCACGCCUGUCCCUGUGCUCCUGUGUCUCACGCCUGUCCCUGUGCUCCUGUGUUUCACGCCUGUCCCUGUGCUCCUGUGUUUCAUGCCUGUCCUUGUGCUCCUGUGUUUCAUGCCUGUCCCUGUGCUCCUGUGAUGCCUGUCCCUGUGCUCCUGUGUCUCACGCCUGUCCCUGUGCUCCUGUGUUUCAUGCCUGUCCCUGUGCUCCUGUGA